AUGCCCGCCGCCCUCACCCCCGAGUCCUCCGGGACCUCCACCCCCACCACCACGACCGCCUCCUCCCUCACCGCCGCCGGCAUCAAACACGCCCUGCCACCCACCACCCUCUCCCCUCUCGAUGCUUCCCGCCUCACCACAACGCUCACCAAAAAUCCUCGCGAAGUCCCUCAGCCCAACUCCCCGGAAACUUUCUCCCAAAAAGUCUGCACCGACCACAUGAUCUCCGCUCGCUGGACCGAGUCCCACGGCUGGGACGCCCCUCAAAUCCUCCCUUACGGUCCCCUCUCCAUCAUGCCCUCCGCUUCGGUCCUGCACUACGCCACCGAAUGUUUCGAGGGUCUGAAACUCUACCGCGGAUACGAUGGGAAACUACGCCUCUUCCGCGUGUCGAGGAAUUGUGAGAGGAUGAGGAAGUCCACCGCGAGGAUUGCACUGCCGGACUUUGAACCGAAAGAGUUGGAGAAGAUGAUUUUGGAAUUGUGUGCGGUGGAUGGCGAUAAGUGGUUGCCGGAGGAGAGGAAGGGGCAGUUUCUGUAUAUUCGCCCGACGAUGAUUGGCACGGACGAGGCGUUGGGGGUGCAGAGGCCGAAGGAAGCUCUGCUGUACGUUAUCAUCGCUUGCUUCCCGGAUAUGACCAAGUCGAUUCCUAUGCCGCCUGCGCUGAAUGGGAACGGACAUGUUGAGGAGAAGAAGAAGGUCAGCCACCUGGGGUUGAAGCUGUUGGCGAGCGAGGAGAACACCAUCCGUGCGUGGCCUGGUGGCUUCGGGUAUGCGAAGUUGGGAGCGAAUUACGGCCCUAGUUUAGUCGCGCAGGGAGAAGCGCGAGCAAGAGGUUUCGACCAAGUGCUAUGGCUCUUCGGCAAGGAAGCAUACGUCACUGAAGCAGGAGCUUCCAAUUUCUUCCUCGUCUGGCGGUCCGCGGAGACAGGACGACUCGAACUCGUCACCGCGCCGCUGGAGGAGAGGAUCAUCCUCGAGGGCGUCACGCGCGCGUCGAUACUGGAACUGGCAAAGGAGAGGCUUUCGCAAUCUGUGGACGGAUUGGAAGCACUGGACGUCGUGGAGAAGAGAUUCACCAUGGCGGAGGUCGUCAAGGCGCAAGAGGAAGGGAGACUAGUCGAGGCGUUUGCGGCGGGGACGGCGUUUUUCGUGGCGCCGAUUGGGUUGAUUCAUUAUAUGAAGAGGGAUAUUGUGGUGCCGGUUGAGGGCGAGGAGACGGGGGUGUAUGCGGGAGUGAUCAAGGAGUGGUUGGUGGAUAUUAUGUAUGGACGGGGAGAGGGCGUUGGGCAUGAGUGGGGGGUUUUGGUGAAGUAG